CAUGCCCAGAGGAAAUCUCUCCGAGAACGUUGGCUCAUGGAUGCGGCGGCUGAAGGACCAGAGUGGCCGGAGGACCUGGCCUCCAAGGACCCCCAGUCGCCUGAGGGACAGGCCAAGACCCGAAUUCGUAACCUGGAAGACAGCUUGUUUUCACUCCAGUCACAGCUGCAGUUGUUACAAAGCGCGUCCACAGGUGCCCAGCACAGACCUGCUGGAAGGCCCAUCUGGCGCAAAGAGGGUCCCCGUCCUCUCUCUCAGCCCACCAUGGAAGCAGGUCCUGCAGGCCUCACUGAAGUGGACAAGAGAACUUCCCUGCCAGCUGGUCCAGUGGGCUUUUCCCCUGAGUCCCCCUCUGAUCCCAGGGAGGAGCUCAUUGAGGUCCUGCCAGCCUUGAGGCCAUCCCCUGAGGCCAUAGGAGCCUCUUCUGAAGCCAAUGGCCCCAGCCCUGGGCAUAGCCCUUUCCCAGAGCAGCUGAGCCGAGGGCCAGUGAGUGUCACUAAGGCCAAAGGAGAAGGUGUGGUGGAGGUGGUUUGGGCUGGGCUCAGAGCCACUGAGAGCAGUGCCACAGACCCCACAGGUGUGGAUUUGGAGGCUAAGGUGGAGGAAGUGGUGCUGGAGGCCAUCGGGGCUAAGCAGGGCACCAGCAGCCCUAAGCUCCCCACUUGGGUGAAGGAGGGCAGGGGUGUGAUGGAGGUGGUCUGGGAGGGGUUGGGAGGCAGUGAUCCGGAUGUCACAGAGGAGUCAGGCAGGAAUACAGAGGCCACACAAAUCAGUUCCCUGAGGCUCCAGGAGCAAUUUGAGGCCGAAACUUCCAGAAAAGAGGAAGAUGCUUCUAGAGAUAGUCCUGAGGGUGUUGGGCAGGGGGCGCCUGGAGGAGAGGAGGCUUCCUUCAUUUGGGUAGAGAGAGUACCCCUCAAUGAAGAUUGGGAGGAGCUCUUGAUGGAGGGCUUGGAAGCACCCCCAGGGGCAGGGUGUGUGGGAGCACCUGAAGCUUUGAUGGGAGCACAGCCAGGAGGGAGUGAAGAGUCCUGGGAGGUGGAGAGGAGAGAAGUGGAGAAAUCAGAGUGCAUGGAAGAAAAGGGAAUGGCAGAAAAGCUCAGAGUGGAGACGGGUGGGGCAGCUGAGGUGCCAGGGCCAGCCCAGGCAAGAGAGGAAAGCCAGGCUGAAAAGGAGAAAAAAGACAGCGAGGGCCCCUUGCGGGCAGAGGGAGCAACAGAUGAGGAAAAGCAGGAGGUGAAAGUGAAGGAAGAUGAAGAGCCACUGGAAGUAGAAAAGGGAGGUGAGGAAGAGCCAGCCACCACUGGGAAGCCAUUGGUGACAGAGGCAGAAUCAGAGGGCCAAUUUGAGCCAGAGAGAAAUGGAAGUGAGAAGUCACCGGACCAGGAGAGAGAUGGUGAGAGCUCAUUGGACAGAGAGUCAAAAGCAAGUGAAAAACUAUUGGAAGGAGAGACAGGAGGUGAGGGCUCAAUGGAUGAAGAAACUAGGGGAAGUAAGAAGCUAUUGGAUAGAGAGCCAGGAGGCAGUGAGCCAUCAUCUGAGGCAGAAAAGACCCCAGGCGCCAAGGAAGAGGUGGGUCCAGAAGAGCAAGGAAAAUCCAGUGAAGCAGCAGGGUCUACGGUGGAGGAUGCCAGCCAGCCAGGAGCCCUGCUUCAGGUCCAGGAGGAGCCAACAUCAGAGGAGCAAGGACUACAAGGCCUGGAGAAGCAAGAAGGACCAGUGGAAAAGACAGCCAGGGAGCCUCUGCCCUGUGCUGAGAGUGAGGGUUCCCCUGGGGAUGCCACCCCCCUCUUAGCAGAGACCCCAGCCCCAGAGCAGCUGGUGGAAGGCCAGCCACUGCUCCAUCAGGAAGUGUCCAGCACCAAUCCCGGUGAUCACCCAGCACCUACCUAUGCACCUGCCCGGCAGCUUGAGCUAGCUGAGGCCAAAGAGGCUAGUGGCCCUAAGCAAAAGACGUGCCAGUGUUGUGUGGUCAUGUGAGCCUAUGCCUGCCGCCCAGCACCCUACUCCUCUCACAGCUACCUCGCUGCCUGGCAUCCAGCAGAAGGUCCCAGGCACAGACAGGGUACCAUAGGACUGGUGGCGGUACUCAGCAGCCAGCAGGCCCCUGUGUUUACUUACACCUGGGCUUUUAGACACCUUGCCCACUGCCUGUGGCCCUGAAUCCCUUCUGCAAUGAAGCCUUUAUACUUGAAAAUUAAACAUUAAGGCACUC